AUGUCCAUGUUUUAUAUUGGUGAGGAUAAACCAAAAUCUGUUGGAGGAGGUGAUUCUGACGUUUUGGAUAACUUGGAUGAUGCCCUACCUGGAGUCUUGGGAUCCUCUCAAGACGUGGUCAUUAAACAAAAGUUUGAUAUCAUGAGACAAGCCGCAGAGAGAACCUCCAGACAAAACAGUAGAGGAAUGAAUAUGAUUCAAUCAUCAAGACCAAUAAGUUCCCGUGGCUAUUCAAGAGCAAGUAGUGCGAGAACUCCACCAACACCUCAAACAUCAUCUUCCUCAACACCUCUUGGCCAAGGAUAUAACUCUUCAAACUCGCUCAACAAUGAUCCCAAUCGUUGGUCGGACGAUGUAGAUGAUUUGGAUGAUAUGGGUGGAUCUUCCCAAACGAAUCGACACACUACAUCAUCCUCUUCAUCUUCAAGACCUUCCAGUGCAAGCUCAAAUCCAACCGCUCUUGAGAAGGAUUUGGUUGAGAGAGGCAUUACUCCAACAUUUAAUCCAUUACAGGAACAGAAAGAACGCGACAAUAGAGCUCCAAAAAUUCAAGAAGAGAAAGUUCCUGUGAAACCGUCACCAAAUACUGAAAAAUCAGAUGAGGAUGAUUUUGAAAGCGUUGCUGGAUUGAAUAUUCGAGACUUGAGAUCAUUUGUUGUCAAGCCACCUCCAAAUCGUGAUCAAUGGGUCCGAUGCUACAUUCUCCGAGAUACCUCCAAAAUGAACAAGAUGUUCCCAAGAUAUUUCAUGUAUGCUGAACGAGGUAGUACAUUCCUUCUCUCUGCCAAGAAGAGAAAAGGUAACAAGUCUUCAAAUUACUGUGUUUCUCUCAGUAAGGAAGAUAUUAGUAGAAGUAGUGAUACUUUCAUUGGAAAGUUGAGAAGCAACUUCCUAGGUACGGAAUUCCAACUGUUUGACAAUGGUGAAAAAGCAGCAAAACUAAAGCCUGGAACACACUUGAGAAAUAAUCUAGCCUCAAUUGUGUAUGAGACCAAUUUGUUCGGAAGUAAGGGCCCAAGAAAAUUCACCGUUGUCAUUCCUGAUGCCAACGAAGAGAAUGAAUUAUAUCAAUUUCCAGAUAACGGAACGUCACUCAUUACGAAAUUCAAGACUGGAGAUUGGCAUCAUUUGAAAGUGUUAAAGAACAAAUUCCCUGUGUGGAAUGAAAGAUUGAAGGCAUAUGUUCUCAAUUUUAACGGCAGAGUCACAAUGGCUUCAGUGAAAAACUUCCAGCUCGUCGAGCCCAACAAUCCAAACAAAGUCUUCCUCCAAUUUGGUAAAGUGGAUGAAGAUCGUUUCAAUAUUGAUUUCAAAUAUCCACUUUCUGCUUUGCAAGCCUUCUCGAUAGCCAUUUCUUCAUUUGAUUCAAAGCUUGCUUGUGAAUAA